GCUGCCUUGGAGGUGCCCGAAAACGCGCUCAUAUACCUCGAUAGCUGCCACUGCUAACAAAGUCUAGAUGUACAGUGUGGUGGGGUGACGUGAGAGCCUAGUAAAGCGAGCCGAUGCAAUACGAGGUUCCGUCGCCCUGCCGCUUGCAGAAGGCAGAUUUCGGAUGCUGUCGGCCUCCGUUGUUACAAAGGACAGGGGAAGGAACAUGCUGAUCGAACGGAACGUUUGAAAGCCCGUCAAAAACUCGCCCCUCUGGCUAUACGAAGAAGCGCCGUUGCAAAAUGACGAUCAGUACUCACAAAGGCAAGAGCCGACCGACAGAAUAUGGAUUGCGAGGCGAGCAGUGCAUGUGUUGGUUUUCAGAUUUUCACAGGGGGACGCCGAUUAGAGAGAGAGAGGAAACCAGGAAGCCUCAAGCUCCCUCGACAACAGCAAUCACAAUUGCUGCUGGUGCAAAAGCUUCUCGCAUGGCAGGGAGGCAGACGCAAAGGGCUUAUACCUCAUCUUACAAGAUCACCUAUUGAUUGGUGAUGGUUCUCCUGCAUUCGACAGCAGGGAGAGAAUGCGGACAGACAGGGUCUCAGUGAUCUCUCGGGUUCGUGUGGAAAGUCCGGUCCGUCAAGUUGCCGUACUUCUACAUACGCAGUAGCGUGGGAAACGGAUCCCUUUGAUCAGGAUCUCGACAAGGUACCGGUACCCUUGGUGGAGACGCGGCGUGCGUUGGGUGUCAGGGAUCUCUUGGCCGUGGGCUUUGUAUGGUUUCCCAGUGUUUCCCCUGGUGUUCCUCUGCGUCGAUUCAUCUGA